CAGUUUGAGCGAGAAACAUCGAACGCGUUAUCGCGGAUCGUGCUGCCACCUGGCACAGAAUUUUUUUUUGUUCAGUUUUCGACAGGCAUACGCGACGCAAGCGGAAGUCCGAGGUGUGUUCCUCAGUUGACAGGUGUCCGAAAAAAACACCAAUUUCCCAAACAUAUCGAGUAGUUGGAUCAAGCUGGUGGCCGUGUUACCCCCUCGAACGCUCCCCGGUCAAAGAUGUACACAGCGGAAGAUCAAAAUAUCGAAUGCCCGUUGUGCAUGGAACCCCUGGAAAUGGACGACAUCAACUUCUUUCCGUGCACUUGUGGGUACCAGAUUUGCCGAUUCUGCUGGCAUCGAAUUAGGACUGACGAAAACGGGCUGUGUCCCGCCUGCCGAAAGCAGUACCCCGAGGACCCGGCGGACUUCACUCCGGUGUCCGUCGAGGAACUGCACAGGAUCAAGAACGAGAAGCGACAGAAGGAUCAGCAGCGAAAGCAGAAGCUCUCCGAGAACCGCAAGCACUUGGCCAACGUUCGCGUUGUCCAGAAGAACCUAGUGUUCGUGGUCGGCCUGCCGCCGAGGCUCGCCGACGCGGACACGCUGAAAAAGCAGGACUGCUUCGGCAAGUACGGCAAGAUCCACAAGGUGGUGGUGAACCAGAGCACGUCGUACGCGGGACUGCAGGGCCCGUCCGCGAGCGCCUAUGUGACGUACUACCGGGCAGAAGACGCGCUCAGGGCCAUCCAGGCCGUGAGCAACGUCAAGGUGGACGGGAGGACGCUCAAGGCGUCCCUCGGCACCACCAAAUACUGCAACUACUUCCUGCGCGGGCAGCAGUGUCCCAAGACGGACUGCAUGUAUUUGCACGAGCUGGGCGACCAGGCGGCCAGCUUCACCAAGGAGGAGAUGCAACACGGCAAGCACCAGGACUACGAACGUAAGCUGCACGACCAGAUGUUGGGCUCGAAUAACAACGGGACGGCGGCGACGGCGACGCCGGCGGCCGUCGUGCCCGUGGCGGUUGCCGCUCCCGUGGUGGCCGCUACCGCGACCACGACCAAAAAGUCCGGCAAGCAGCGCAAGCCCGGGUUGGCGCCCCGGCACGCGCGGCAGGGCGAGCUCAAAGCCGCCGCUGAGGCAGCGGCCGCGGCGGCCGCCGCCGCGGCCGCGGCUUCGCCGCCGUCGGACAGCCGCAGCAGUCCUGAGGAGCAGUCUCUAACGCCACCUUCGCCCGAGGCGAAGCGGAGCGGCGCCGAGGACGACCCGGUCGACGACGACCCCAUCGUGGCGGGUGCGGCGCACGAAGACGAUCUGGGUUUCGACCCGUGGGAUGAGUGCUCCAAGGGCCUGGCAGACCUGCUCGAGAAGGAGGCCGUCGCGGCGCCUCCGCCGCCCUCGCUACCCCGAGUGAACGUGCCCGCAACUGCAUUACAUAGGCCCCCGUUUCUGCCGCGUUCAGUUCCGCCGUUUGAACCCCCGUUGCUACGUAGGGCCCCACCACCGCCGCCCGGUUUCCCGCCCUUCUACCUAUCCACCGCGCAGCAGCAGCAGCAGCAACCACAGAAACUGUGUCCGCUGGGCCAGCCACCGCACCAGCCACACCACCACCAGAACAGCAGCGGCCUCGCGGAACUGUACGCGUUGCGGGAGUCGCAGGAGACACUGCGCUCGCUCCUGCCCACUGUGAACAUAACCUUCGGGCCGCCACUGAUGCAGGGACCGCCGCCACCUCCAGUCAGGCCGUGGGCACACCACCUUGGCGCGUCGGGGGUGCCGGACAUGCCGUGGAUAGCGCAGGACCCGGCCAUCCUCACAGGGGGCAGCCUCUCAGAGGCAGGCAACAUGGCCUCGCGCUUCUAGGGUUCCCCCCUUUCUCCCGUUCCCGGUAUGCUCUCGCGACUUCACGCCAUCGAUUGGUUCCUAACCGACCGCUCAAAUUGGCGAGACAACUCGAUUAAGCUAAUCGCCCAUGAAUUACCUGCCCGAUGACCUAAAUUUUUAAAAGCUAAACGACUCGCGGAGCCAAGGAAUAAAGCAGUACAUAACGGUGAACGGAUUGCUCUCUUGCAUUUGGCAGCUUCUUCGAAGACCGAGCUUUGAGGACGUGUCUUUGCCGACCUUCGGCAGGAAAAUGCGGCCACUGGUGUCUAAACGCUCCCACAGUCGUUCUCUUAGCCCUAGUACAAAGUGAGGAAAGGCUUCGGUAA